AUGAGAUUGAAUAUCCUACCGACCAGCAUGGCUUUAGCCUUGCAAGCCAUGACCGCACUUUCUGAGUUAGGCCUGCAAAAGCGCUAUCCAACAGGAUCCUUCUCCAUUAUUGCCUACGGUGUCGCCCCUGAGGGAGCCAAUAUUUUUUAUUCUGACGGUUGUUAUGAUGUUCCGCAUGAGACUGAUCCCCAUCUGACCCGAUAUUUAGGACUCGCAUAUGUCGGCGAUUCGUCCCAGUGGGUGUCUGGAUCGGUGACAACCGACGUUACAUUCGUCUUCAACAACUCCCGAAUCAUCGCCACGGCCACUAACAAGGAUUGCACCCUUGACCCUGACACGUUCUUCUACAUUCGUCCCACACCCAACAUGGUGCUACCUGUGGGUUUCACAGGGAACGAUGUCGAUACACCGGACGAUGCUGAGGUAGAUCAAUCUCUUUUCUACGGCAGGUAUCUUAUGUGGCAAAAUGAGAAUGGACGCCUGUGCGAUUCGUUCCGUCUGAAGGACACGGAUGUCGACGAUAUUUACCAGCUCUACUGGGAUUCUUCGAAUAUUUAUCCCCCCGGCUUCUUAAUUCCGACCGUGAAGUCGUCUAUUUAG